CAGCAGGGAGGGGGUGAGAGCAGAGGGGCUGGUCCGGUCCAGCUGCACCCUGCACUGCUGCCGCCACAGGGUGAGAGCAAUUAUUUUAAAACAUAGGAGGAGGGGUUGCUCUGUAAGAAAGAAAAGGAGACAGGAGGAGAAUUAUGUUUGGGUUUCUGGACUUAUGAGGACAGAAAGAAGAGAGAUGGCGGUACAUGUUUUUAAAUGUCUGCGCCGACCCGGGCGCUAGAGCAAACAACAGGUGAGAGGUGAGUGUGAGAGAGUGUAGGUCCAUCCAGCGGCUUACAGGAGCGUAAUGGAAUAUGAGGAGCCAGACUUUCUACCUGCAGACACCCCCAGGAAAAAAGGUGGCGUUGUGUCCAAGAAGACUCAUUUGACCCAGAUUGAAGUUAUCCCAUGCAAGAUUUGUGGAGAUAAGUCUUCUGGAGUCCAUUAUGGGGUCAUCACAUGUGAAGGAUGCAAGGGCUUUUUCCGGCGCAGUCAGCUUCCCACUGUGUCCUACUCCUGCUCCAGGCAGAGUAACUGUCAGAUUGACCGGGCCAGUCGGAACCGCUGCCAGCACUGCCGUCUGCAGAAGUGUUUGGCCCAGGGCAUGAGCAGAGACGCUGUGAAGUUUGGUCGCAUGUCCAAACGUCAGCGGGACUCUCUUAUAGCCGAAGUAGAACGACACAGACAGCAGCAGCAACAGCAGCAUCUUCAGGGAGACACUCAGACGGCGCUGUCCUACCAAUCCAAAAACCGCCAGGACCGCUCCCCACAGCUCCUUCAGCCCAUGGCCACUGCCUACCCAUACACUGGGGAUGCAGAGCUAAUGACCUACGGCCCAGAGGUCCACCCAUAUCUGCUGUGUUCCCCAAGCGACUCGCAGGUAUCUGGGAUGAUCUACCGGAGCUCCGGUGUCUCACCGACAUCCAGAUCCCACGGGAGGGCGGACAACAGCGGACAUCACGAUAUUAGAUUCGACUCCAGGCAGCAACCUCAUGAUCUAAUGGCUCUUCAUCCGUACAAUCCUCUUGAUGAUCUGUACAACCUAUAUCCCCAUUCUCUGCGAAACAUAGAUGAGCUGUGUGCCAGCAUUGUGCGUUCGCACAGAGAGACCAGCCAGUACAGACUGGAGGAGCUGCAGGCUCUCACAUGGAAAGUCUUCAGCAGAGAGGAGAUCCAAGCCUACCAGAGCAAAACAGUUGAUGAGAUGUGGCAGCACUGUGCCGUCCGACUGACUGAUGCUGUACAGUAUGUGGUGGAGUUUGCGAAACACAUCCCGGGUUUCCGUAUGCUCAGCCAGAAUGACCAGAUUGCUCUCCUCAAAACUGGCUCCAUGGAGGUGGUCUUAGUCAGGAUGAGCCGCUUCUUCAACACAGAAAACAACACUGUUUUCUUUGAUGGGAAAUUUGCUGGAACUGAGGUGUUUAAGUCUCUGGCGUGUGGUGAUUUGAUUUCGGCGGUGUUCGAUUUUGCUCACGGGAUGUGUGCUCUGAAACUCACAGAGCAGCAGCUGGCUCUCUUCAGUGCACUGGUGCUGAUUAAUGCAGACCGUCCAUCUCUGGAGGACCGAGGCAGAGUUCAACGAGUUCAAAGAAGCGUGGAGUUGGGUCUAAAUCACAUCCUUCACCGAGACAACCAGGAUAGCCUGAUGCAUAAGCUCUACCAGAGGAUGGCGGUGUUGCGUUCACUGUGCGUCCUGCACAUGGAGAAGCUGCGCUGGUUCAGCCAACGCUACCCACUCACAGCUCACUCUCUGUUCCCCCCCCUCUACAAAGAGCUGUUUGCAUCUGAGGCCGAGCUACUGCCGGGGGCAACUCAUUGACCACCCUCCAAAGAUGCAGACACACGCACACAUCUACACACAAGCAGAACCUUAACUUUUAAUGUACCUCCCAAAGGACUCUGUUUAGGAAUAGGGGGAAAAAAACUGUAAUUGACAUUAAAUAUUAUAGGAUUUAUUUUUAAUAGAUUGAUUAUUUCAGGGAAUCGUGUUUUUUGAUGUUAUGUAAGAAGAUAUUUUUAGGAUUGAUUUUGUCUCAGGAUGUGCUGUUGUGAUUCUUUCCAGCUGUAGAACUCCUUAUGCAUCAGUUUGUUUAUGCAGAGAUUCAAAGAGACGGGAUGCAGCGGAAAUUUCAACAUCAGGUCACAGUGACCCAAAAAUCCUGCAAAUUAGAACAUGGCUUAAAGCUUUUACUUUGGCAGUGGGUCUCAUAUAAGCUUGGAUUCACCCUAAAAAUGACCUGGCAGAACAAGUAGAAGGUGAGAAAAGUUAAAACGAUGAAUAAAAGGCAGAGAAGUUUUCUACCUGAAAAAAAAAACUUUUUUUUUUUUGUCCGAGUUAAAAAGUGUUUCAGGGGUGCUGUAAGAUUUGCUUUUAUAGCAGUAAAUAACGCAGGGGAUUAAGAAAAAAAAAGAAAAAAUGCUAAAAAAAAAAAAAAAAACAAGCUGUUAUUUCCGGAAAAAAUAAGCAAUAAAAAAAACAAACAGUAACAGAUGUUGACCCCAUUUCACAGGAAAAACAUUACAUAACACCCCUUUUUUUCUGCUGUCACUUUAUUUUUUUUCAUAUUUCAACUUAGUGUGAAGUUUCUUUAUUGUUACUGUAGAGUCAUGUUUAUGUCAUGUUAUACUAUUCUUUUUCUUUUCAGUAAUUCUUGCUUCUGCUCAGUGUUUGUUCUCAAAAGGUUUUCUGUUGUAUGGUUGCUUUAAUAAAUGAUUCAAAAGCUGAGAAAA